GCUAAAAGCCAAAAAUCUUUCAGUAAUUUUUGUCUCUAUAACUAUUCUAUGCGUGUUCGAAGUUUCGAAGCUUUCUUUAUUUUGCUUGCAAUAUGGCUUUGCGUAAUGUUCUUCAAGAGAAGUUGGAACAUAAGACAGAUUAGAUACAUCAAAUCUAAUGAUUCAUGUAUGUGCAAAUCGAACCGAAGUAGCAUUUCAUAUGACUUUUGUUAUACGGAUCCACAAAACACCAGUAUUAUCGGAAAAAAAUUCGAUUGCAGUUUGUUGGACACUUUGGAAAAUUUGAAUCUUCUCGGCGAAACAAAAGAAGUGUUCAGUUUAUCGAACUUGAUACAAAAUGAGAAUGACUUAAUAUUUGCUUCAGCCACAUCGGACGAUCAUUUCAACUUCAGCAUGGACUCUUUUCAUUCAAUACGGAAAUAUUAUCCAAAUCAUACAUACAUACUUUACGGUCUAGGCUUGAGUGAAUAUUAUAUAAAUUCGUUGCCAGACAACUUGGAGUUUCGUCAAUUUAACACGUCUGGUUAUCCUUCAUUUGUCAAUACGUGGAUGCAUUAUAACUUCAAACCAUUGAUAUUGGCAGAACUAUUAAGAGAGAAUCCAGUUGUAUGGUGGAUUGAUUCACAUUUGGUUACAAUCAAGCCAAAUAUUAUUAGAAAUAUGUACGACGAUAUUUCAACCAAUAGAUUGAAUAGCAACUAUUCUUCUAUAGUUUCAAGCGUUUUAGCUUUUCACAGCAAUUUUGCCGUUUUAAAUACAGACGUUCUGGGCUACUUCCCGACAAAUUCAAUGGAAUUAUUGAAACGCCAGAGGCAAGCUGGUGCAAAUAAUAUAUUCGUUCCAAGAACAAGCUACACUAUGAAAAUUUUCAAAUGGUGGGUACUGUGUGCUCUUACAGAUGACUGUAUGAGCCCACCAGGAUCUACUACACUUUGUGAAUAUACGUCUGACAAUUUCAAUAACUCUGCUAAUUGUUUCAGAUAUGAUCAAUCGAUUCUUAAUAUACUCUUGCUCAAUGAUUUUCAAGACAGUGAUAAAUUCUUUUCUUCUAAUUUGGAGAAUUCAUUUUAUAGACCAUUGUAGUUAUCACGGUUUUGUGAUUUACAGCUUUAAAAUGAAAAAUGUUCUAGUCUC